UGUCUUUAUUCUUGGGACAGAAGCAGAAGUUGAGAAUUACGGUAAUUUCAUUCUGCCCUUGACCUAUCCGCAAUUGAGGCUACUGCGCAUGUGCAACACACUUUACCUCUACCAUCAACACGUGCACACAGCUGCCACCAUGUACCGCUCAUUUUCUCCAAACCUGGUUCGACCUAACCAGCCCUUGAGGAAACCAUCAUCGACCCCCGUGGCUCUUAUUACCGCAUUGCCUUCUCCAAGACAUCCAACCAUGCCCAAUGCAACACCUGUGCGCCCCGCCUCAGGCGCCAUUGGAGACGGAAUCAGCAGGGAUCAAUCUGCAGUGUUAGGAUCCAUACCACCAGCGCUGACUGUAUACUUCUGCAACUUCUGUGGUCAGCAAGGAAAUUUUCGGUGCAAGCGCUGCAAGAAGACUCCUUACUGCUCUGUGGUGUGUCAGACAGAAGACUGGAAGGCACACAGACACAUGUGCAAGUCCAUUGAUCUAGAACCUGAAAAAGAGACAACUAAGGAAACAACAGCUUUGCUGGUGACAGGAGACGGAGCCGGCCCGGUUGAGUCUAAGCACGGUGAUGCAUCCAGCCUCCAGAGGGUCUAUUUCAAGGACUUGCAUAUAACUAAAAUCAUUAAGGGAACAGACAUCCAGGCAUCUGUUGUAGAGUUCUACAGCCCUGGCAGGUUUUUUCUCGUUGCCCAAAGUCCUGAGCUGCUGGAAGCUCUGCAGUACAUCAGCACAGAGCUUCAGAAAACUAACAGCUGCCCAUCAAUGAGGACAUAUGUACCACAUGUUGGUGAGGUUUGCGCGGUUCAGUUCUCCUGUGAUCUGAACUGGUACCGAGGCCUGGUCCAGACUUUAGCUGCUGACCAGAAGACGGCUAAUAUCCUUUACAUUGACUUUGGCAAUGAAGAGGAUGUACCUGUGGAUAGGAUCAAGCCCCUGGCUGCUAAUAUCCAGCCAUUUUGUCCAUGCGCAAUGGAGUGCCAUAUCGCUGGGGUGGUCCCAGUGACUGGCAACUGGUCAGGCGAGUGCCGUAUAUCAGUGAAACAGCUGUUGGCCGGCAAGAUUGUGACUGUUAGACUGGUGGAAUCACUAGAAAAUGGCCGCAUCCAUGCUGUGGAUAUCCUGCUUUCCAUGGGAAAGAAGUUGAGCACUUUCCUCCUUGAGCACGGUUAUGCAGCAGAAGAAACAGUCAACGAAACACCAACUCAGCAAAAAAUAAAUGCCAUGGUAAGUGCAUCCUUGGAUAACUUCAGGCGUCUCUCCGAUGGGAAGGAUGACAACACCUGGGCUCAGCCACCAGAGCCACUGACACUGGCAGUAGGUGACUCCUUCUCUGUUGUGGUUACUCAUCUUCAGUCACCCAAUGAAAUUAUCGUACAGAAGGUGGAGAACGCUGGAGUGAUUCAGGAGUUGCAGCUGAAGCUGAGGGAACACUGCUGCCAGGCCCCAGCCCCCCACAACUUCAGGCCAGCCCCCAGCACAGUUUGCUGUGCCCAGUUCUCAGAGGACAAGCAGUGGUACAGGGCUAAAAUUCUGGCUUAUUCAUCAGAGGAACGCGUCUGUGUCGGCUACCUUGAUUUUGGCAACUCUGAGGAGGUGGAUUUAGGCUACCUGCAGCCUAUCAGCACUUCACUACUGGCCCUGCCCAUGCAGGCUAUGGCUUGUGGUCUUGCAGGGGUGCAGCCUGUUGGGGAGAGCUGGUCAGAGGACUGCCUGCUGGCCCUGCAGCGAAGGGUAUCGAACCGAAUACUGCGCCUUGAGAUCCAGGGAGCACAUGAGGGCAAGGCUUUGGUGGCCAUGAUUGACGAGGCCAGUGAUCCUCAGGCCAAUGUAGCCGAGCUGUUGAUCUCUGCUGGUUUCGCUGCACCUGCUCCUCCUCCUGUUCCCACCAGCAGUGACCAGCAGGCUGACGAGACAGCAACUGUUCCUGCGGAACCACAUGGUGUACCGGCCCCAGCCUGUGAGCCUCUGGUGUGGUCUUGUAGUGAGCUUCCAUGUGACGGCCAGACAGUGGCACUGCUGGCCAGUGUUUUGGAGAACCCUCAAGAGUUUUACUGCCGGAUCAACAAUCCCACAGACCAUCAGCGGCUGAUAGAGCUCGGGGCUGAGUUGAAACAGCAUUGUGCGGCAGAGGCCUCACCUUUUGUGCCCAAAGUGGGGGAGCCCUGUUGUGCCAUGUUUCCAGGUGAUAAAGAGUGGUAUCGGGCUAUGGUAAACGAGCUGUCUGAAGACGUGUCUGUAAACUUCGUGGACUAUGGUUAUAGCAUGAAAGUGGAAAAGGACCACAUUCGAUCCAUUACACCCCGACUCCUGAAUCUACCCUUCCAGGCAAUUCGCUGCUGGCUCACAGGUGUGGAGCCCCUGGGAUCAGAGUGGAGCAGUGAAGCCCUGCUGUGGUUCCAGAGUCUGGUGGAUGGCAAGCAGCUCUCUGCACGUGUCCUUUGUGCCACUGAACAAGGCUAUGGUGUGGAGCUAGAGAGCAAAGGGCAGAAUGUGGCAGCUGCCCUCAUUUCUGCGCAACUAGCCAAAGUUCCUGGAGCGGUUCCCAAAGAGACACAUGCAACCACAGGCUCUGAACACAAACACCAAGAGAACAUACAGGAAAAUGAAAACAGCCAAAUGCAUGUGCAAGCCUCCGACCAGACAGGAAUCAGUUCCAAAAAGAUGCCAACAGAGGGUCAUUCUGCAGUGCCAUCAGAAGCCCCAUCUUUUCCAGUGGACUGGAAGACAGUGGAGCUGCCUCUCAACGACACCUUUCAGCCUUGCAUUGCAGCUGUCACGAGUCCUUCCCUCUUCUACCUGCUCGUUCCUAGCCAGGUGGACCAGCAGAAGCUUCAGGAGGUGAUGAUGGAGCUGGUUGCCUAUUGCAGCAACAUUCGUGCUUGUUUAUCCUCCACUGUCCUGAGCAGACCAGUUCCUGGGGCUGCCUGCUGUGCCCAGUUCUCUGCUGACAAUAACUGGUACCGUGCAGUGGUCCUGGAGGUCGGUGACAAUGAGAUGAGUGUCAUCUAUGCAGAUUACGGGAACAGUGAGAAGGUGCCAUUCUCCCGUAUCUUGCCCAUCACCAAGCACCUGCUGCAGCUCCCCUUUCAGAUCACUCGCUGCACCCUCACUGGUAAGGAACACUUCCCUACAGAGUUGCCAGAGGAAGUGCUGCAGAUGUUUCAAAGCCAGCUGUUGAAUGGUGUCCUCGCCACUGUCCAGUCCUUCAAUGGCUCUGUUAACGUGCUCUCACUCACUCUGCCCACUGAGAGGGGCGGGGGGCACCUCACCACCAUGAUCUUGGAUGCGCUACAGGACCAGGCCAAUAGUAAUCCUUGCUCAUCCACCACCCAGAAUGCUGACCAAACUGACAGCACCACAGUUGUACAUGACUGCCCCCCCCAACCCAUGGUCAUACCUGAAACCCAAAAGGGGCUGAAACAUACAACUGCUACCACCGGCCUAACCAUCCCAGAGCGGGAACCCCAGACUCCCCAGCAGAAGAAAAACACCUCUGCUGUGUCAGUCAAUGAAGAUCCCGUUCAGGAGAUAAUUGCGCAAAUGGAACCUCCAUGCAAAAUUGAUACCAAAACUAACGAUCCUCAGGCCUCUAGCUGCUGCUGUCUGAACCUGACAACUAAGAUUGACCACCUGGAACAGUUGGUGCAGCUGCAGCUUUCUCUCAUCAAGCAGUUUGUGGGACAGACAAAAUAAGAUUUACCAAUUACAUAACUUUAUAGUCUUGUUUGCCAACUUGUUAAAACCAAGCAUGUUGUUUAUUCUUCCAACCCUGUUUAUUUAGAACAGGUUAACUCUGAAUGUGGUCUCCAGACGCAGCCACACAGUUUGUAAUUUUAAUUUUGUCACCUUUAAUGCCAUCCAGCUUUUAAUUUUGCUUUCUAGCUUUAAUGUUGUGUCCUUAUCCAGGACUUUUAGGUUUUUAACCUGUGGUUAAAUUCCAGUGACUUUUAUUUUUUAAUAUUUCUGGAGGUUUUCAUAAAACACUUUAGGUUUGUGUAAGUUGGCAGAAAA